AACUUUAUUCGUAUAUAUUAGUUUCCAUCGACUCAUCUCGAUUUCUGUUUAAUUGAAUUAUUUUAAAUUGUUAUUUUCGUAGAUGUUAUAAAGAGAUGAUUAGUCUGAUUAACAAAUUGAAAAUCAAAUUUCCAAUUUCUAUUGAAAGUACAAAGUUAUUACUAUUAUUUUGUUUCAUUGGUUGUUGCCUUCAAUUGACGAUAGUUACUCGAGAGUUCUUGAAAUUUUCCGUUCGCUAUGAGGUAACUUAUGAUUAUCCUGAAGAAAUUGUUAUUCCCGAGAUUGACAUUGCGAUACCUCUUGGAAACUUGAUCACAAAUUUAAGUUUAGUUUAUGAAAAAUAUCCUGAAGCUUUGGUGAAAAUUUGUUCUAAUCGGGUUGGUAAAACAAAUUUAACAAUAAAAUCGUUCAAAGAUUUCAAUCAGAACUGUAAUUUUGCUCGAAAAGGUCAUACCCUUUCAUAUGAACUGUCCAGUAUUUUUACCAUCGGUGAUAUCGAAAGUUUUACCCAAGAUCCUAGACCAUUGAUUCUUAGUCUCAGAGAUGAACAUGGUGAUAACAUGUUAGAUAAAUGUAACAUCGAAAGAUUUUUCAAUGGAUUCAUGAUAUUUUUACGAGUUUCUUGUCGAGAUAAUAACUCAAUGCCCAUAACCAAGAUGGUUUCACGUAGUUUCAUGGGAGACUAUUGCUUCAUUGGAUUAGCCCACAGAAUUUAUCAAGCUUCAGGCUUUAGAUUCGCAGUCGCUAACAGUUCAAUUGAAAAUCAAUUAGUGAAAUAUUUUACUUAUUCUUACAAAUCUGGAGAAUCCCUAUUCUUUGAUGCUCGAUAUCGUCGAUUUAUAACAACCUCUUUAUCGUGGCCUUUUGAGACAUCUUGCCGUGAUUAUAAUCGGUCGAAAAUUCUUGUCCAAUGUAUGAACGAUCAGCUACUCAAUUCAUCUGGAACACCGAUGAUCUUUAUCAACUCAAUCAGUGCCUUUGGACAGUAUCACAAGGAUCUUAUGUUUGCCAGUGAAGAAAAUUAUAAUCAAACAAAGUUUCUAGACAUUUUUAACGGGUGCUUAGAUCAGGUUAAACAGCACGAAUGCCAUUUCAGUUAUUAUCAUACGGAUGCUUCAACUUACAGCGAACCAAGUGACAGUGAAAUUAUCGAUAUAUGCAUGGCACCUCCGCAAGAAUCUGAUACCGUUUACAAAGCUUAUCCAAUGCAAAGUGCUGUUAGCUACCUGGUCUACAUAAGUAGCAGUUUAAGUCUUUGGUUUGGUUUUCAAUCUUUGGAAGUACCUGUUCAUGUACAAAGUACAUUAUCGUUAGAAGAAUCAAGAAAUCGUCACAAAUUUCCGGGUGGACAAAGCAUAUUAAAGUGAAGAGAAUCAUACAAAAUAAAUGAACUCUCACCACUGGUCGUUUAAUUUCAUCUAUCGACAAAAGGUUUCAAUUGUAAACGUCACAAGGAAGGAAAAUGUACCUGUCGAACUUUUAACUCAACAAUUAUGUUCGUAUAAUGCUCGAUAUACUAGUAAUAGUCGAAUGAUUUUCAUUUCGUCAUAUUCAAUGGGACAAAUUCUCGUUUAGUAGAGUAAAACGUUUGAGCAUCCAACUCGUAUCGAUAUUCAGAACAUAGCAAUGAACAAAUAUUUCCAGAAAACGAUUGCAUCUUUUAUUGAGUUAGUUGAUAAAUGAACGUUAAAUUAUUUCGAUUGAUUAAUAAUUAAAUUUGUAAAAAUAAAAUAUCAAUUUUGAAUAAUCAAAUGUCCAAAAAAAACUACAACUGUAAUUGUGUUAUUGGAAUCGAAGUAGAUUAGCCGAUUGAACCAUCUAGAGAGAAUACAUUAGUCAAUAGAUCGAUUCGUGAAAGACCUUCACUCGCUUCAUUGCGUAUUGAACUUCUCACUCCUCGAUUAGUCCAACAUCUCAAUGCAAACCGAACUGCCUUCGCUUUCAAAGCCCUUUCUCGAACUCGCAUAGCUCGCGUAGUUCCCAAUCUAUCUUGUGUCAGAACUCGAAAGAAAAGAAAACUAGAAACCAAUAAUCACGUUCCAUUAAAUGCUGAUAAAGCACAAGCAGAAGAAGCUGCGACAGUGCAUGCGAUCAACAAUGCUUUUCCAAAAAUGUGUUUAUGGCUUCGAAAACGCGUCAGAUGUAGCACCUUCUAGAUCGGCAGCAACAUCGAGACCUAUUUCGGAAGCAUCGACAUCGAAAUCAACACCAAAUUCCAGGCCUUCAGCAACAGUAUCUACACCACCCUCACGAAUUAAUAACAAUCAGUCAGCUUCGACCCAUGAUACUACCACUCGAACAGCCCAUCAAACCAUACCAAUACGUUACAAUUACGGUUAUCAAUAUUAUUUUACUAAAUCAAAUUCAAAUUAUAACAAUAAUAAUCUAGCAAAUUCAGGUCACCACCGCAUCGACCAAUCAUCACCCAGGCUGCGAGACCAAGGACCAUAUUCUAAUCUUAAUCAUCACUCAUCUAAUCGCUAUUACGCCAAUGGAACCAAUUCAACUGUACCAUCAACUCCGUCGUCUUCUCAACAAUUAUCUUGUUUUCUAAUGGUUUCAAUGUCUCUCAAUGUCCAUCCAUGUGUUUAUUUUAUGUUCAUCAAAAUUACUAAUCCACUUCUCAUCAAGGUUUAUCCGCAUCCUCUUCAUCCGCCUUCACUGAAGUUUCUCCUGGUAGUUCAUUUAAUCAUAAUCAAGACAAUCCAAAUGUGAUAUCGACGUACAAUAAUCAAUCACCUCAACAGUUCAGAGGAUAUGGGACAAUAUUCAGACCAUAACAAUGAAUUUAAACAAACCAUUCCAGAAACGAUUACAUCUCUUAUUGAUUUAGUUUGUAAA